AUGGGCAAGAACGUCACGUUGUUCGAUGAUCCUGGUGUCGAUUCCACCAAAGCACCGAUCGAAAAUGUCUUGGAACUAACGCCCGUUGUCGACAUUGGCCCGGAUGUCUUCACCAAUACCCGUCCCCUCUGGCAUCCCCCAGGAGCCCGCGGCAUCUACGGCGGCGCCGCGAUAGCUCAAUCCCUCUCCGCAGCCAUGCGAACCGUCCCCUCCGACUUCGCCGUCCACAGCAUGCACUGCUACUUUGUGCUUGCCGGUGACUCGCAAAUCCCUAUCCUCUACCAUGUCGAACGAGUCCGUGACGGCCGGAGUUUCAUCACGCGGACGGUGCAGGCGAGACAGCGGGGCCGGCCCAUUUUCACCACGACGCUGAGUUUCAGCCGGGCGAAUAGCGGUGGGAAGAAGAAGUUGGAGCAUGCGGCACCGAAGCCGGAUAUUGCGAUGCCAGAUGAGACAUCUUCGUUGAGUGCGAGGAAGAGGUUGGAGAAUGAGGGUGGUGGUGGGGGCCCGUUUGAGAGCCAAAGGGCGGGGAUUGUGAAUCGUGCUUCAAACCCCGAGGAUAAGAGGAUGCGUCGGUUUGUCCGCGCAAGGGGGAAUAUUUCGGAUGAUGGGGGUCAUCAGGCGCAUCUUUCGGCCCUAGCCUACAUUACGGACAGUUACUUUAUUGGGACUGUGUCACGGGUCCACGACGUCCCUCGAUUCUCCUCUCCUGAGGAGCUACAGAAGGUUCUGAACGCUCUCAAGAACCCAUCCGAUCUGGACGAUGAGGACAUCGCGCGGGCACUGAAGGAGCUGAAGGAAGAAGAAACCACGGAACUUCGCCGUCGUCUGGAAGGUGCGCUAAGCAAAGCCAUGGGCAAACCAGAGGAGCACAAGGAAGUGGGCAUGAUGGUCAGCCUGGACCACUCAAUCUACUUCCACAAUCCUUGGGCGUUUCGGGCAGAUGAGUGGAUGCUCAUCGAAAUGGAGAGCCCGUGGGCCGGAGAGGGUCGGGGCUUAGCCAUCCAGAAGAUCUGGUCUAAGGAUGGGGUCUUGGUUGCCACUUGUACGCAGGAGGUAUGUUGUCUCAUUUGCCAGUUCAUUUUGCCCUCCCCCAUUCCACCCCCCAAUUUUCUCUCAUCCGAUUGGGACGCAGGAACGGCAACUAACUUCGAACUACAGGGAGUCGUGCGGUUAAAACAGGACGAGCCGCCCCGUUCGAAGAUCUAG